UAAAUUGCUAUAUUGCGGCUCUAUCUCUGCGUGAUAAGAAGGUUUAAUCAAUUGUACGCUCUGUAGAAAUUCAAUUGGUAGUGAAAAUCGUCAGUGAAUCGAAGAAAUCAGUGUUGUCUAGAGUGAAAAUUUCUCGUGAAAGAUGGUGUCCAGUCCAGCUCUAGUUUUAGUAUCCAAAUCUCUUUUGAGGAAUUGCAAUGGAGUGUCAAGUGUUCUGGCACAGCGGGCAAGUUCAACGUGGUGGGGAGAUGUGAAAAUGGGGCCUCCGGAUGCAAUUUUGGGAAUAGCAGAGGCUUUCAAGAAAGACCCAAAUCCCAAGAAAAUUAAUCUGGGUGCGGGUACGUACAGGGAUGACAAUGGGAAGCCCUAUGUGCUACCGAGUAUCCUCAAAGCUGAGCAGAGAAUCACUGAGAGUCGCAUGGACAAAGAAUAUGCUCCAAUCAGUGGCUAUCCGGAAUUUACUAAACAUGCCAUUGCCCUGGCUCUCGGAGAUGACAAUCCCGUCCUCUCUGCCGGUCGCAAUGCCACUGUCCAGAGCAUUAGUGGAACAGGAGCUCUCAGAGUGGCAGCAGCCUUCCUCAAUUCCUUCUUCCCAGGCUCUCGUGAAAUCUACCUGCCAGUGCCUUCCUGGGGCAAUCAUGUGCCCAUCUUCAAACAUGCUGGACUCCAAAUCAACUCCUACCGCUACUACGAUCCCAAAUCCUGUGGUCUCAACUUUACUGCAGCUCUCGAGGAUAUUUCUAAAAUCCCUGAGAGAUCCAUCGUCCUGCUCCAUGCUUGUGCCCACAAUCCAACUGGAGUAGAUCCGCGUCGUGAGCAAUGGAAAGAAUUGUCUGCGGUGAUCAAGCAGCGAAAUCUCUUUCCUUUCUUCGAUAUGGCUUAUCAGGGUUUUGCCAGUGGGGACAUUGACAAUGAUGCCUUUGCUGUGCGCCAGUUCCUGGCUGACGGACAUGAUAUCAUCCUCACGCAGAGCUUUGCCAAGAAUAUGGGUCUGUAUGGAGAACGAGCUGGUGCUAUGACAGUUGUGUGUAGGGACAAGGAUGAGGCCGAGAGGGUUCUGUCACAGGUGAAAAUCCUCAUUCGUCCAAUGUACUCCAAUCCACCCAUUCAUGGUGCCAGGCUAGUGACUGAGAUCCUCAAGGAUAAUCAACUGCGAUCUGAGUGGCUGAAGGAUGUCAAGGGAAUGGCUGACAGGAUUAUUGGUGUGCGACAAGAUCUGAGGACAGCAUUGGAGAAAUUGGGAUCACCGAGGAAUUGGCAACAU